CAAAACUGUUCAUUUCCUGUUUAAAUGUUUGAAUCUUAAAUUUUGCGUAUUUCCUUCGAUGUCUUUAAAUGGCAUAAUGACAUGUAACCAGACGUUACUCUAUUAGUAAGUAAACAGAUAAAUUUUGGCCUUUACCAAUCACUACUAUAAGUUGAUUCUCAUGGAUCAGGUACGGCAUGUAAUUUUAGUAUUGUCAGGAAAAGGAGGAGUUGGGAAAUCUUCUGUAACAACUCAGUUGGCUCUCUCCCUUCAUGAUUCAAAGGUUCACUCGCGGCCGUUAAAAAUCGGUAUUUUGGAUAUAGAUCUUACCGGGCCAUCGAUACCCAGAAUGUUUGGAAAAGAUGUUGAGCAAAGUCGCAUUCGUCAAUCCAGUGCCGGUUGGAUUCCUGUAUAUACUGAUGAAACAAAGGAAAUAGGACUGAUGUCUCUUGGAUUCUUGCUGCCUUCCAAGAAAGACAGUGUUGUCUGGCGUGGUCCAAAAAAGGCAGCUAUGAUCCGUCAAUUUGUUAGCGAUGUACAUUGGGGAGAAUUAGACUAUUUAAUCAUUGACACUCCUCCCGGUACUGGUGACGAACAUUUGACCAUUGUGGAAUCCUUGUUGGCGGAAACAUCGGACGUGCGAAAUGGUCCAAUUGAUGGUGCAGUUAUGGUUACUACACCUCAAGCUCUUGCUACGUUGGACGUACAAAAAGAAAUUGAUUUUUGUAAAAAGGCUAGUAUACGGAUUUUAGGAAUUGUGGAGAACAUGAGUGGUUUCAUAUGUCCUCAUUGUGCUGAUUGUACAAACAUUUUUUCGAGUGGUGGCGGGCAAACGCUUGCAGAAAAAUACAAAAUACCUUUUCUUGGAUCCGUUCCAAUUGACCCCAAGUUUGGUGAGAUGAUUGAAAAUCAAAACUCUUCUACGAAUCUGUCCAAACUAUAUCCUGAAACAGAAAUGUCAAAGGUAUUUUUUCCUAUUGUGCAAAAUUUUUUCCAUCAAAUUUACAACAACCGUUCUUUGGAGUUAGUUGCUGGGCUCAGUGGUCAUGAUGGAAGGGUAUGGAGUGUAGCCUCCCACCCAGUGUUGCCUCUUUUCGCUAGCGGAUCACAGGAUAAAACUGUUCGUAUCUAUAAUAGUGAUACUCUUCAACUUGUACAUGUUAUAGACGGUUUUCAUUCUCGUAGUGUCCGGCGGGUUGCCUGGCGCCCUGUUGAUCGACCUAUACUUGCAGUUGCUUCUUUUGAUGGUACAAUAAGUAUUAAUGAGAAAAUUGAUGAUGAUUGGGAAUGCACAGCGGCUCUUGAAGGACAUGAAAACGAAGUAAAAUGUAUUGCUUGGUCACCUGGUGGAAAUUAUCUUGCUACCUGCUCGCGUGAUAAGUCGGUUUGGAUUUGGGAAACUACUGAAGAUGACGAGUUUGACUGUAUGGCUGUGCUUCAGGAACAUACACAAGAUGUCAAGGUUGUAGCUUGGCAUCCCUCUGAGGAUCUUCUUGUCAGUGGAAGUUAUGAUGAUACAAUUUGCUUUUGGAGAGAUGAUGGUGAUGAUUGGGCUUUGACAUGUCAAUUGCAAGGCCACCAAAGCACCGUUUGGGCUCUUGCUUUUUCUCCCAGUGGAUCAACCUUGGUUUCUGCAGACAAUGAGGGCAACAUAAUGCUAUGGACCAAAACCUUUAGCAAUGAAUCUGAAGCUAUUAAUAAUUCUACUAAUAUCCUUCGACCAUCUUUGCAGGAGGAAUGGGUAAGAAAAGCAACGUUGCCUCAUGUGCAUCAAGGUGCAGUGUACUCACUUUCCUGGCUAAAUGAUAAAGUAUUAGCAUCUGCUGGUAGUGAUGGAAAGAUUGUUGUUUAUGAAAGUGAGCAACAUGAUGAUAACAUUUGGAGGGUUUCCAUUGAAAAAGAAAAUGCACAUGAUGUUUAUGAGAUUAAUUCUAUAGCCUGGUUAGGAAACGAUAAACUUGUUUCGGGUGGUGAUGAUGGUGAAAGCCGCAUAUGGCAUUUAGAUUAGAACAAAAAAAGUUAUAAGAGUUUAUUUUGGUUAAUGAAUGAAAUACUUGGACAAAAAAGUA